AUGCAAAACGCCGUUGAGGACGUGGUUCAUCGUCGUAAUGGAAUUCUUCUAUACUUCCAACUCCAGCAUGAUGUUCUGCGUACCGUGACUGAUCUCAAAAAUGUGUUCCCGGAUGUCACCUUCUCUGAAGUUGACGCCUGGUUUACCAGAUUCAGAUCCGGGAACAACGACAUUGUGACGCCUGUCGUCUUCAAUGAAGGAGCUCCAGGAAUGGCUGAUAUUCCAGUUCACCUGAAAAGGAAAAUUACGGAAAACGUGGGAUAUACCGAACAAAAAGCUCUUCUGACGGUGAACUCCACCUUCCGUGAAAUCCUAAAAGCGGAUCGCCGAAUUUUCAAGGAAAUAGCGGUGCGCCACGGAAUGAAUGGAAUCUCGCUGCUCUUCAGAGUGGAAACAGUUGGGGUGAAGGAAUCAAAAUUUUUCAAAAAAUCUGAAGGUUCUGAGAUCCACAACGGAAACAUUGUUACGGUUUCCACUCACCCCUAUUACGUCGAAGCGUGGAACCAACUUGCAAAAGUUUUGAGUAAAGACUUCAUAAAAGUCAACGAGUGGGUCAUUGACGUGGAGAAAGAACAACAAGAUCGUGAGCUGUUCCUAUUGGAAAUGAAGAAAUGUUUGGCAUCUUUGAAAAAUAAAAUUCACGUUGAAGUAUUGGAAGCUAGUCUCAAAACGAAUGAGGACGUUGUCGCGGUACUGGAAGCCAUCAAAGUAGGAUCAAUUAGGAAAAGCACUUUGAACACUGAUGAGAAAGAUGGUCCUCUCCGUUUGGACGAUUCACUACAACUCUCCCCACACCUGUCAAGCAUGAAGGAAGCAAAGUGGAGUCGAGUCAUCCUUGACAUUCCAUUGUCAUACAUGACACAUCUCGCUCGUUUUGCUGCUGAAAUCUACAAUCUUGAUCUGGAAGAUUUGAUGGAAUACAAAAACAAAAUAAUAGCUGCUCCAAAUUUCAAAUACGGCACGCUUUACGGAACAUACCUCCGAGAAGAUGUACUCACAGCUCUCCAGCCAUUCCAACAGGAAAACAACAUCGAUGAAACAGUCGGCAGCUGGCCUCACGCUUCUUUGGCCGAUCACAAAAUCAUCUUUAAGCUGGAAAGAAGUAUUAUCAAAUUCAGUAUUACCCGUCAAACUAAAGUUUCACCAGAUUGCAAUGAUUGUUCAUAA